AAUCAAACCAAACUUUACAAUUACAUCAAGUUUAUUAUCUCAUUUUGUAGCUAUGGAUUCCGAAACGGCCCGGAACAUUGGAACCUCAAUCAUAGUACCGUCAGUGCAGGAACUGGCAAAGCAGCCAAUAACGGAAGUUCCAGAACGAUAUGUUCGUCCAAAUCAGGAUCCUAUAAUUGUAUCAAACACAACCUCUUUGCCACAAGUUCCAGUCAUAGACCUUAGUAAAUUGUUGUCACAUGAUUCAUCUCAUGAGUUAGAGAAGCUUGACCAUGCAUGCAAAGAAUGGGGUUUCUUUCAGCUUAUCAACCAUGGAGUCAACCCUGCGUUGGUGGAAAAUUUCAAGAAAGAAGUUCAACAGUUUUUUAAUCUGCCGAUAGAAAAGAAGAAGGAAUUCUGGCAGAAACCAGGAGAGAUGGAAGGGUUUGGUCAAAUGUUUGUUGUAUCAGACGAACACAAGUUAGAAUGGGCUGAUCUAUUCCACAUCGUCACUCUUCCAUCGUACAUAAGAAAGCCUCACUUAUUCCCUCGUAUUCCACAACCAUUCAGAGAUGUGCUAGACAAAUAUUCUUUGGAAAUGAAAAAACUGGGUGAUACAAUCAUUGAGCUUAUGUCAAAGGCUCUUAAUAUCGAACCCAAUGAAUUACUAGAGUUCACCGAAGAAGGAGUUGAAGCAAUGAGGAUGAAUUAUUAUCCUCCAUGCCCUCAACCGGAGAAAGUAAUUGGCCUAAAUCCUCAUUCUGACGUUUCCACCUUGACUAUACUUCUCCAAGUCAAUGAAACGGUAGGCCUUCAAGUAAGAAAUAAUGGAAUGUGGAUUCCUAUUAAACCUCUCCCUAAUUCUUUCGUCGUCAACAUUGGAGAUUUUUUGGAGGUAUUGACCAAUGGAAUUUAUCGGAGUAUUGAACAUCGAGCAAUAGUUAACUCAGAGAAGGAGAGAAUUUCCAUAGCUACAUUUCUCAAUCCUAGACAUGAGUGUGUUAUAGGCCCGGUACCAAGCCUUGUUACACCCGAAAGGCCUGCAACGUUCAACAAAAUUAGUGUACGAGAUUUCUUGGAAGGAUAUCUAUCCCAAGAGCUGAAGGGAAAGUCACAGCUUGAUGUCUUGAGGAUCCAUAAUGGAAUUGAUAAAUAACUAAUUUAAUGUGUGAUGUAAGGGUAUUAACUCAACAAAAUUUCGCAUGCCCAAAAAAGUUAUAAAGUAAUGUAAUGCAAUAAUAAUGCAACAAUGCCACUGUCAUCGUCCAUCUUAUCUUUGAUUUUGAUGUGAUGAGUUUUACAAACUCAUA